AUGGGUGCAAAAUUGGCACUAACACAGCGACGGUACGAAGUCGAUCGGACCAAUGGUCUACAAUGUGAUCUGGCAAUCUCUGGUCUCCUUCUGCGGCUUCGGGUUGAAUGUUACUCGGGUAGAGUGCGUGAGAGUGCCGAGGAAGACCUCGCAUGCAGCACGCGAGAUGAGAUGGUCAGACCUUCGGCCCGGUGGUGCCGAUGCCGCUUUGAACGCAGACACUACAUGACCUAA